CCUUUUGUUCUCUUCUUUGCACAGGAAGUAACGAACCUCACCAAACGUUAUAAACAAGGCAACUUUCCAUACAAAUGUCGAAGAAAAACUGGACCACUUUACUUUGUUCCUUUCAAUGAGCUUCCCUUCGUUAGGAUGUCUCUUGUUGUAUAGCAACGUGGCAAUUAUCGAAGGCAUUAAAACCUAUCGCACAAUUUCCCAUCUACUUUGCUUGGGAACAAUUUUAUGCCAUGGCUGACCUGCUCGGAUUUGUCGGGCAAUGAACAAACUCACGCCUUCUGAGGUUCUCAUAUAUGAAAAAAAAGAACUUGUGACGGGGCCUUCAAUGUACUUUGCUUCCUUUUCUUUUUAUUCUUUGGUCCGUAGAGCACGACAAGUUUCAGAGUAAACUAUAAUUAGUACUUCCGUUGCAACCAGCUUCCUACAGUUCAGACUGAGCCUUCAUUAAUCUUUUCUGUCUGGUAUCUACUUCAAUUUUCCAGUGCAAAAUCAAUAUGGGUUUCCUUGGAGCAAUUGCAAGGAACUUUGAUCACGUCGCCGGGCCUGUGGUGAUGCUGCUUUAUCCUCUAUAUGCCUCUGUCAGAGCAAUUGAAAGUCCUUCCCAGCUGGAUGACCAGCAAUGGCUUACAUACUGGGUUUUGUAUUCACUCAUUACGCUUUUUGAGCUUUCCUUCUACAAAAUUCUUGCCUGGUUUCCAUUUUGGCCUUAUUUAAAGCUGAUUGUGUCCUUCUGGCUAGUUUUGCCAAUGUUCAAUGGAGCAGCUUACAUAUAUGAGAACCAUGUUAGAAAGUUUGUCCUUAACAUGGAUCCGCCUAGUUCAAAGCUUCCACCAACACAAAAGCGGGUCCUUCAAAUGAUGAGCCCUACAGCACGGGUUGCAAUUGAAAAUUACAUUUCAAAAUAUGGCCAGGAUUCAUUUGAAAGGGUCGUUAAAGCAGCUGAAAAAGAGGCAAGAAAGAAGAAGGGCACAUCAACAGGGGCUGAUCAUUAAAGAUAUUCACUAAAAGCAGAUUCUGUAAUAAGGCCUUGUAGAAACUUUUGUUAAAUUAUUGAUGAUCUGGGAUCACUUCAUAUUUCUAGUAAUCUGAAUAGAGAAUUCAUAAGGUAGUAUAUGAAUUUGUUUGAUUGUCACUGUUUUGUACAAAGACCUGGCUUUCCGGGGGGAAAUGUUAGUUUUAAUUAAAGAUGGAAAGAGCUUUUGAUGGUGAUGCAUCUAUUGUUCCUCACUAGACCUCUGGACUACUUACAGGAGCACACCGUAAAAGCAAAUGUGUAUCUUUGCUAACGUUUUGCCUGUAAACCUUAUUAGAUUUCGAAUGGAAAUUUCUAGAUUUGGUGUUGAA